AUGUUAAAGUAGUUGUAAUGCAGGUUGUUUGUACCAACGUUGUAACCAGUCUUGCGCAUGCGUAAACGGAUGUGACAAAGGAUACUGGGGAGACCGAUGCCAAUAUCUCUGUGCGAAACAAUGUAAACCAUCUAUCAAUCAAACAAGUGAUCAAAGGUGUGACAGUUCAAAUGGUCAAUGCUUGUAUGGAUGCUACGGUGAUGGGAUCUGGGGAAGCAGCUGUCAAUAUAAAUGUUCACCUGGUUGUGCGACAGAUAAAUGUGAACAGGAGUCUGGGGCGUGUAUCCAAGGCUGCAGGACACAAGACGUUUAUGGUCCUCAAUGCAAUAUGAUCUGUAAUGAAAACUGCCUGAAUAGAACAUGUUGGAGAAAUGGGUCAUGUGAUCAAGGCUGUGUUGCUGGUAGUUAUGGUGCCCUAUGUCAGCUGUCAUGUAACAAAAAUUGUUUACAUGAAACGUGUAACAGAAAUAAUGGAUUUUGCAGUGGCUGUUCACGUGGAUGGUAUGGCAACACGUGUAGUUUACAGUGUAAUGACGUGUAUGAAAAUGGUACAUGUGAACAAGAUUCUGGUGAUUGCGAACACACGAUCACUGAAGCAAAAGCAUUAAACCAAUCUGAAAAUGAAGAUUUGUUUGGGCAGAAUCGUCUCUAUAUAAAUGUUGCUAUACUUGGAAGCGGCUGGAUGAUGUUCCUGAUACUUCUUAUUAUUUUCAUUGUCAUUCUUUGCAAACGGCGCUGUGCAGCUGAAGUAGUGAAAGAUAAGGAAAGUGAAACAACAAAAACCGAAAAAGAAAUUGUUAAAAUGAAAAGGAGAAACCAAGGCGACGAGUACAUAACAUUGCAAAUGGAUUCAAGCGAGGUCAAAAAUUCCUUCGACAACAGUGAAUAUACUGGUCUGAAAGCACUUGAAGGUAAAUCACAGAAUCAAAGGAGAGGUGUAGUAUCAUAUGUGAAUCUGGGUCUUGGACUUAAAAGAACCGGCUAACUACGGCAUUCUUAAUCGAGCACGUUCAUUUACAGAGAAUGUUUAUAUCUUCUAACAGGACUUUUUAUGAACCUGUAGAUGGAUUUUUUUCAUGUUUUUGUUGUUGUUGUUGUUGUUGUUUAGUGAUUUUAUUACAAGGUCACUAUCUUAGUUCAAUUCUUUUUUUCGCGCAGCUUUCUGAUAGAAACCUAAAUAUUGUUUCAUAAACGAUGUGUUUUAUAUUUACUUAAACAAGUAUAUGUUUGCUUUUUCAUUAUUUUUAAGCUAAUAUUUGUGUAUUUUGUAAAAUCUAUUAUCAUAUUCUUUAAUUCUUCAUAAAAUGAAUUAAGAGUCAAACACAAUAUACAGAUGUGAGAUAUUUCAUGUUCAUUAUACAAAGUUUUUAACGUCACUUUUGAUUGGCUAAUCUUGAUGUUUAUAUAGUUUUAAGAAAUCUCAUUUAUUUCCUCUAAAUUUGCUAUAUUAUGAGUUCGUUAUAAAGAUUCUAGCGUCUCGGGUUAUAUAUGAAAACAACCGUUUAUAUAGAGCCAUAUAACCUAUCAAGAAUCUUUUUUUAAGUAAUAACACAGAUAUAUAAACAAACAACGGAUAGGAAACUCCGAACAUAGACGAUAUUCCGAUUCAGACCCACAAUCCUUUUCGCGCUUCGGUGAUAAUCGGGCUUUCCCGUUAGUCUCCGAUUUUCACGCUAUCGAUAUCUUAUAUUUAGCUCCAUGCUAAUAAUUUAUUUGAUGUAAAGGAUAAUAACAAUUAUAUUUUUGAGUUCAAUGCACAUUAGCUACCAGUCUGUAUUUAUUGACAAUUUAUUUAUUUAUAUGCAUUAACAUUUUGUUAUAUCCAUGCAUGUAUAUAUUGUUGUAUAUGAAGAUGAGCUGUAUAUGCUUAAUUUAAAGUAAACUAAAAUAAUUGUUCUGUUCUGUUCUAUACCGAAAGAGUGAAUCAAAGUAAAUAGACUGAUAAAAUACAUCAAUACACUAUGCACCGUAAACGGCCUGUUUAUUUUUAAUCAAAUAAUUGUAAUUCAGU